GGGCGGGGAGCUGGCUUCCGCAGUUCUGGCGCUGCUGCCUUCCUGAACCCGCGGCGGGAACCCGAGAGGACAGAGCCCCCAGCCCGGGCGCCAGGCCCCCUCCCUGCCCACCACCACGGAGGAGGAGGAGGACAGCCAGCCUCUCCGGCCCUGGCCCGGCCCAGCGGGGGCAGUGAGCUCCUACCUGCCCCUGGCUUGGUGCCCAGACAGGCCCAGGACUCAUUUCUGAAGGAGGGCCCCCUGGGGACUGCCCCACGGGCCUUACCACAGAGGAGAUGGAAGUUGGGAGGCCUGGAUUUUAUACGCAAAGAGAAGGCAAGAGGAAGCCAGGCCUGGGGUCUUCUUUUCACAGGUCACCUGGAGACCCGGGGGUCCCGGCGCAUGAACAGCCCAGCCUGCUGACCACCACUGCACACCCACCUGUCCCCCCUCGGCUACACCAUGUCUGGCUCCUACGACGAGGCCUCGCUAGCUCCAGAGGAGACCACGGACAGCUUCUGGGAGGUGGGGAACUACAAGCGGACGGUGAAGCGCAUCGAUGACGGACACCGCCUGUGCAACGACCUGAUGAACUGCGUGCAGGAGCGCGCCAAGAUCGAGAAGGCGUACGCGCAGCAGCUCACCGACUGGGCCAAGCGCUGGCGCCAGCUCAUCGAGAAAGGCCCACAGUAUGGCAGCCUGGAGCGGGCCUGGGGGGCCAUAAUGACAGAGGCGGACAAGGUGAGCGAACUGCACCAGGAAGUGAAGAACAACUUGCUGAACGAGGACCUGGAGAAGGUCAAGAACUGGCAGAAGGACGCCUAUCACAAGCAGAUCAUGGGCGGCUUCAAGGAGACCAAGGAGGCUGAGGAUGGCUUCCGCAAGGCCCAGAAGCCCUGGGCCAAGAAGAUGAAGGAGCUAGAGGCAGCAAAGAAGGCUUACCAUCUGGCCUGCAAAGAGGAGAAGUUGGCCAUGACCCGGGAGAUGAAUAGCAAGACAGAGCAGUCGGUCACGCCCGAGCAGCAGAAGAAGCUGCAGGACAAAGUGGACAAGUGCAAGCAGGAUGUACAGAAGACACAGGAGAAGUAUGAGAAGGUGCUGGACGACGUGGGUAAGACCACACCGCAGUACAUGGAGAGCAUGGAGCAGGUGUUUGAACAGUGCCAGCAGUUUGAGGAGAAGCGGCUGGUCUUCCUCAAAGAGGUGCUGCUAGACAUCAAACGUCACCUCAACCUUGCUGAGAACAGCAGCUAUGUUCAUGUGUAUCGGGAGCUGGAGCAGGCCAUUCGGGGGGCCGACGCUCAGGAUGACCUCAGAUGGUUCCGAAGCACCAGCGGCCCCGGCAUGCCCAUGAACUGGCCCCAGUUUGAGGAGUGGAACCCAGACCUCCCUCACACCGCCACCAAGAAAGAAAAACAGCCCAAGAAGGCAGAGGGGGUGACGCUGACCAAUGCUACUGGAGUGGUGGAGUCCACAUCCCAGGCUGGGGACCGUGGCAGCGUUAGCAGCUACGACAGGGGCCAGCCUUAUGCCACCGAGUGGUCGGACGAUGAGAGCGGGAACCCAUUUGGGGGCAAUGAGGCCAAUGGGGGCUCCAACCCCUUCGAGGACGACGCCAAGGGAGUGCGUGUGCGGGCCCUCUAUGACUACGACGGCCAGGAGCAGGAUGAGCUCAGCUUCAAGGCUGGAGAUGAACUCACCAAGCUGGGCGAGGAGGACGAGCAGGGAUGGUGCCGCGGGCGGCUGGAUAGUGGGCAGCUGGGCCUCUAUCCCGCCAACUAUGUGGAGGCCAUCUAGCUGCCCUGUUCCCCUCCACACUACCCCUCACUCCUCGCCCACCGCCUUCCCUCCCUUCUCACUCUUGUCCCUCUUCCCUCGCCAUAGAGUUCCAGACAUAUUUUCCGAUCAAGCUUUUAUUUUUUUAAAAGUCAAAACAGAACAAAACAAAAAAAUACAGAGACAGAAGCAUUUGUAGGGCCGCCUGGAGGCCAGGGCGGUGGUGGGACUUGGGGUGAUGGCCCCAGGGUAGGUGAGGGUCCUAGUACUUAGCCCGACAGAGACGUUACAACAUCUGCUCUUCAGAUCCCACCAAAGAGUCUCCUGAGCCCUGAGGAAUGUCUCCCGGACCCUUCCCUCCUGCCUCCCCCGCCCCAGACUAUACCACCCCCACCCCCCAGCCCCACCCCCACCCCAGGCUGCCAGCACCUGUUCCCCCCUUGCCCCCUUUUCUCUGGGCUCAGUUUUCUGACCUCUUUCUUCUGCCUCUCCAUGCUCCCCUCCCUCCACCACCCUUUCUCAAAGGCCUCCCGUCCAGACCCCAGAGAAGGGGGGGCCUCCUAGUCUUUAGUCUUCCACUCUGCCCUGGGGAGUGCCCUCCUUCUCCUGGCCUCACCCCUAGUGACUGGUGGGGCUGGAGGAGGAGCAGUCACUGUCUUCUCCCAUAGAUGUUUCCUGGGAUCCCUGGACUCCCCCAGACAUGAUGAGGGGUGAGCUGCAGCUGGUGACUGUGUCACUGGGGUAUAGGAGGGUGAGUGAAGGGGGUGCUAGCCCAGGCUCAGCAGAGGGACAGGGACCCUGCUGGGGCCCUUCUUUGCAGCCAGUAGCAAUCUGGGCACAGGCUCUCCCUCAGAGCCAUACCUCUGGGUCACUUGGUCACUUGCGGAGACCCUGCUCCCCUUUUGUAAGUCCUCAGGCAGGGAGAGGGGCCUCACAGCCCAGGGCAAAGCCAGCAACAGUAGCAGCCCACUCCCACUUUCUGGGGGGGAGGGCACCUUGCCCACCUGCCUCCCUCCAUGCUCAUCUGAAGCCCUAGGUUCAGCCAGCCUGCGGGAGACUGAGCCUUGCGGCCUCCCAUCCUGCUCUCCCCUUCUCUCACCUGUCUGGGAAGAUGCCGGAAGGACCUUCUAGCCUGGCAUCAGCAGGGGCACUGCAGCCAAUGGGAAAGACAGGGAUGUGGCAGGAGGGAGGAACCCAGGACCUCAGGAGCUGCACAGUCUUCUUCCUUGUCCUCUCCCUCCUCAACCGGCCCUUGCCCCUGGAGCGGCAUCCCCUCGGCCAGCAGCCCCUCUGUAUCUCCAGGCCUCGGAGAUACAGUUACAGGACGUUGAAGGGUGGGAGGAGGCAAAGAGCCUGCCCAGAGCCAGAGUGUCUCCUGUGGCUGGUGAAGGAAAGCAGUAUUGGCUUACUAAGUACUAGCACCAGCUACUAGCGUCUCCCAUAUGUGUGGGCCCAGGGCGCUUGGGAAGCAGACCAGGGCAGGACAAAACCUCAAGGUGAGAGGACAUGGUUCGAAGACGAGUCUCUUGAGAACCUCAGGGGUAAGGCCCUGGGACUUCUGGUAGCACCAGGAGGGCCCUGCUUCUGGGCUUCAGCGCUACAGACGCCUACCCCUUCCACAGCAUCUGGCCCCUUGGCCUCCAGAUAAAGACAGCGGAGUACCCCAGCCCUCUGGCAUCCCUCAGUCCUCUUCAGCUCCCUGCUUUUUCUCCUGACAACCUACUGUUAGGUCGUGGACUCCAGCUUCCAGGCCCUGACCUUGUUCGCAGUACAGGGGGAUCCUGGGAGACUGGCAGGGGCCUGAACGGUGCCAGGCCUCCCUCGGGGUCAGCGGAGUUGGAAGGUGGGGAUGAUGGCACCCCCAGAGACAAGCAGACUUCCCCCACCCCAGCACCCCAUUUCCUGUCACUGUCUGCUCUCUGGGCAUCUGCUGCAGCCUGAGAUUUGCCCUCGGCCCCUCAGAGCCCGAAGCAAGAUUUUGGAAGCUCUCUGUCCUCCCGGCUCCAGACAAAAGCCUCUUCAGUUUCUCCUCCGGGUGGGAUUGGGGUUGGAGGCCUCUGACCUUCACCACCAUACUCUUGGAAGGCAGGAAGCUGGCACAUCUGCGCCUUGGGGCCUGGGCUCCCCCUCUCCGUGCCAGUGGCUUUCUAGCACCUGGGGAGGGUCUGUGGUCCUGGUUGGACCUCAGGCCUGUCCCCUUCAGCACUCCAGCUGCCCACCCUCAGGGGCAGGAACUGGAAAUCCCAUCCUUCCUGAGCAGCCACCUCUGAGGCCCAGUUUGGGACCACUCUCCCUCGGUCCCCAGGCUCCUCAGGACCCCAGAGUGGGACGGUCUCCCAUUUGGCGGUCCCCUGUCCCCCACCCCAAGCUUAAGGGCCCAGUCCCACCUGUCAGUGCUGGUGUCAGGGCACUCACCACAAAGUGUGGGGGCCGUGCCCCCUCGCCGCGCCCACCACCUCCUGUAGCCCCCUACCCGCCCCCUUGAUGCUGCACGGGCCCGCGCUGCGGGGCUCGGCGACUAAUGUGUUUUGUCCCCAGUUAACUACCGUUCUGCAGCCCAGCUCUGCAAGGGGCCAGGGCUGCCCUGCCGCCCGCCAUCUGCUGCCCUAGGCUUUCUGACUCCAUUAGUCCGACACUUGUGAACCUCCGAGAAGUGCUGUGGUCUCAGCAAUGCACCUGUUUUGUACAUGAUUGUGUAAUUUAAAGGUAUAUAAAUACAAAUAUAUAUAUAUCAGUUGUGAUCGUAUGACUGUGGAUAAAAUCCAGAACUGUGUCAACCUGG